AUAGUGUAAAGGAAACCAAAAGUUUUGGGAGUAACUUCUCAUUGUGAAAAUUUUGGGGUGAGAGUUUUAAAGAUACCAUAGCUCGGGGAAGGACAGUAAUAAAAAAUAGUAAAUUUUGAAAAAAAAAAAAUUCCAUCUUCAACUGAAGUACCGAACAUUAGACUCUGUGCCAGCAGCGACGUGGACAAUGAGCUUCGUCCUCACCCCAACUAGCCGUCUUCUUCUCCCGAACCGCCGGACUUUCCUCUUCCACCGCCGCAACGCUGCCGAAUCAUUCAGCUUCUCAACCUCGUCGACUCUCACGUGUUUGAACUCACCAGCUGGUACCCGAAUUAACUCAGCUCAGUCCUGCAGCAACAGCAGCACGGAUCCCGUUGACCGACCCGAAAACAUCCCCAUUUUUGGGCUUUUCAUUCCUCUCGCUUUCUCUCUGGUCCUCCUAUGCCUCCGCCUCUUCCAUGGAGUCCUCCUUCCGGAGUUCCCACGCCGGUGGCGGGAGCUGGUCGUUCUGUCCAGAGCAGCAGAGAGCAGGAUGCGCGCCUAUCCCGCGCACCUUUGGCAAGCGGUGGUUGCCUACGAGGACAGGCGCUUCUUUCGGCACUGUGGGGUGGACCCCAUUGGAAUUGCUCGAGCUGCGGUCUCAUUCUCGGCCCGUGGAGGUGGCAGCACCAUCACCCAGCAGCUAGUCAAGAAUGCAUUUUUGAAGAAUGAACGAACACUUGCUCGGAAAAUUGUCGAAAUGGUGCUAGCUCUCGCACUGGAGAGAACCUUAUCAAAAUGGCAAAUCUUAAGCUCCUAUCUGAGUGAGAUAUAUUGGGGACAUGGGAUUUAUGGAAUUGAAUCAGCUUCCAUGUUCUAUUUCAGAAAGCGUCCAUCUCUUCUCUGUUUCGGGGAAUCCACUAUACUAGCAGGGAUGAUACCGGCCCCAGAGCUCCGGUCACCCUUCAGGGACCCUAGCAGAGAACACCUUUUUAAUAGAGGAGUAAUCUUCCAAGUACGAGUGUUGAAAAGGAUGGUGAAAGUCGGCUUUAUCGAUGUUGAGAUGGCACUUGAAACCGUAAAACAACCUGCUUCUCUAUCUGACAAUGGGCCAAAAUCUGCAGAUGGGUCAUCGAACUCAUUUUAUUCCUCCAAGCAGGGAAAUAUAAAGUCCGAUAAAAUGAAACAUGGGGCCAUGGAUCUGAGUAUUAUUGGUGACAUUUGGGACUGGGAAAAGGAGAGCAAGAUUUGGGAAGCAAGGGAAGAUAUGGAAAGGUGGGCCGCCGAGUUACAACGUUCGAAGCAAAUAACAGAAUCUUCUUCUCAGACGCAUACAAAAAGGGCCUAACAAGUGCUCUCUGUAUGCCUUCUCAUCUUAUUUGGACCAGUAAUAUACCCAAAUUUAUGCAUAUCAGAAUUGCGUACAGUUGCAUGUAUACUCAAGUCAAUCGAGCGGAAGCUUAUUGAGCUUGCAGUGUCGAAA